AUGAGGAUCGGCUGUCUUCAAUUUGCGCCACAGGUUGGCGAUGUCGACAACAACCUCAACCGUGCCGACUCGGUUCUCAACCGCGCGGAUCCCCGUGACCUCGAAGACCUUGACCUACUGGUGCUUCCCGAAAUGGCCUUUAGUGGCUACAAUUUCAAGUCGCUUCAGGAGAUCAAACCUUUCCUUGAACCAAAAGGCUCAGGUAUAUCAGCACUAUGGGCUAGGACCACGGCGCUCAAGUACGAUUGCAAGGUCGCUGUGGGCUACCCUGAGAUAGUCAACAGCACCACCGACUGGACGCCCACGUCGCAGUACUUUAACUCGCUGCUUUUGGUUAAUGAGGAGGGCGAGACCCUGGCCAACUACAGGAAGCAGCAUCUCUAUUACACCGAUGAAACGUGGUGCUCAGAGGGAACCGGAGGCUUCUUUCAGGGUGAAGUAGAUGGCCUCGGGCAGACGGCCAUGGGGAUCUGCAUGGACAUCAACCCCUAUAAAUUCGAAGCGCCAUGGCAUCAGUUCGAGUUCGCAUUCCACAUCCUCGAGUCGCAUGCCAAUGUCGUCAUCAUUUCCAUGGCUUGGAGCACUCUCGAGGGCCGUGCUGCCUUUUGCAGCAAGCCAUACGAGCCCGACAUGGAGACGCUUGAGUACUGGGCCAAGCGCAUGGAGCCCCUGAUCCGCGCCGAGACAGAGGAAGAGAUUAUUCUCAUAUUCGCCAACCGUUGCGGUAUCGAGCGGGACGCUCUGUAUGCCGGCACGAGCACCGUAAUGGGCAUUCAAAACGGCGAAGUGAACGUCUACGGCGUCCUCGGCCGGGGUACUAAGCACCUCCUCGUAGUCGACACCGACAACGGCCCAUUCGCGAAGUUGGUCAGCCGGCCGGGUAGAGAAACGGCCGAGGGUGAGUGGGACGGUAACACGACCGACGCCGAGGUACAGGCCGGCGACUCGCGCUCCCCCGCCGACAACGACCUGGACAACUUCUUGGACCUGAACAAGAUCAUCGAUCCCGUCAGCUAUCGACCCUCGGCACCAGUGCAGGUGGCCCCAGUCGAAUGCGCCCUGUAUGCUUGUGUGCCCGAGGUUCCCGAGGAGGUUGAAGAAGCCGAAGGAGCCGCUAAGCAGGAAGGGCCGGGGUCGGAAAAAUCGGCCGAGCCACUUGAGAAGCCGACUAAUGACGAAAUAGCCGACUGGGCGAUGGAAAUCGAUGGAAAGGAGCCGGCUCCAAGCGAGCCAGCCGAGUCGCUCAUCGACUUGCCGCGCGCUGACAGUCCCAUAUUGUUUCCAGCACGACCGCGACUGACGAUAUCGACGGCGACAUCACCAGCAACUCCGGUGAAGAACCCGCGUUCAUCAGACUUUGGCGAUUUACCAGCAGCGCCGCCACACGACCUCGACACACCGCCACCCACUGGCGAGUUUCCCGAUCAAGAGUACCUCGCGGCGGCAGCUCAGGUGGACCGGCUAUUAUUCAGCACGACGGCUCUGCACACGCCAGAAGAGCCCGAGUGGCCGCUUCCAGAUGCCUCUGCGGUGUCGCGGUCGCGAUCCCAAUCACCGUUGCGCUCCCAAUCACCGUUGCGCUCCCAAUCACCGCUGCGCUCUCAAUCGCCUCUGGACCUCAAGCCACUGCCGCUGCCCCCUCCUCUCGAAGGCGACAAGCCAUUGCCGCUGCGACCCCAGGAAAGACUGUCCCCGGUAAAGAACACGUUCAUGUCGUCGCCGGUGAAGAACGAGUUCACGAUACCGUUGCCGAUUUCGCCUGCUUCUGCGCCCGAGGAUGUCCGUCUGCCGGAGGAGCACUCGCGAGAUGCCCAAGGUGUGGCGCAGAUAGAGGCACAGUCGCCCCUGACGGCCAUACUGGCUCCAGAGUCGAUAUCGGCCAUUGUGAGCGAGAUGCCGCUCGUGCUGGCGCGGCACAUCAAACCAGAAUAUCAGCGUAGGGAUAGCGGACUGUCGGAGCCGUUGAUAUCGAUCGAAGUCGAGAGUCGCGACAAGGACACGGUCGUGGUGCAUCUUCGAGACCAGCAGCCUUCGCAUUCGCCUCCACGCUCCGUCACCAUAACCUUUAGUAUUGGAACCGCGUUGUAA